AUGAGUGAUUAAGAGUAUGGAGAGGAUUAUGAAAAUGAAGAGUAACAUCAAUAAAUUAUACAAAAGAUAGCACAAUGAGGAAGAAAAUGAAGAUAAAAACGAAAAUUUGGAGCAGUCUAAUAAAAAUGAAUCAUAAGCUAAUAAUAAUGAAGAUGAGAACAAUGAGUAGUAGUAAAUAUUUAUAUUAAUUAUACAGAUAGAAUGAUAAUGAUGGAGAUGAUGAAAAUCAAGACAAUAAUGAAUAGGAUUAAUAAUAAGAUGAUUAACAGAACGAAGAAGAAAAUCAAGAUAACGAGGGUGAGAAGGAGGAAGAUUAAUAAGAAGAAAAAAUGGAAAAGUCAUAAUAAAAAUAGGAAGAACAAGAAUAGGAGGUUGAAGAAAGCUAAUUUGAAUAAUCAAUGGUAAGGUUACAAAUAAUUAAUUAAGUAAUCGGAAUAGAAUGUUAAUUUAGAAAGUAUAGAUGCUGUAUCUGUAAAGAUUAGUAAAGAAGAAAAAGGAACUUAAAAAAAAGGAACUAAGAAGGCAACUAAGACAUCUAAUUAAUAAGAGAUGGUGAAUUAAUUAAUGAAAAAACAUAAGGAAAAACAAUAAAAGAUGCAAAAAAGAGAAGAUGAAAUAUAUGUUUAGGAGAAAAUAGAAAAGAAAUAACCAAAACCAUAAAUAAAACCAAAAGUAAUUACAAAAUAAAAGUUAACAUUUGACAAAUAAACAAAAGCUUAGCUUGAAGAUCCAUAGUUAAAUAAUUAAUAAAAAGCUGCAAUUUUAACUAAAGAUUUAGGGAAGAAAUUGGAUGUUCAAGUUGUAGUAAAAGAGGUUCCAAAAAGUAUGAUUUUAAUAUUGAUUAUAAAUAGAAAUGGAAGUAAAGAAACCAGGAAAAGGAAGUGAAGCAAAGCCAAAGAAGAAUCUAUUUGAUGUUAGAAUUGGGGCAGGAAUUAAAUCUAAAUUAGAUGUAGAGGCAGAUGACAAAUCUUAAAGGGAUAAGGAAAAAGAACGUAAUGCUUUUCUUGAGUAAAAAAAGAGAGAAAAGGAACAAGCAAUAAAGUUUUAAUAAGAAUAAGAUGAACUAUUAAAAAUUAAACAAAAUAAUAUUAGAAAAGCUUAAGAAAAAGCUUUGGAAAGAGAUAAUAAAGUACUUCAAGUAAAUACUGAAAAACAAUAAGAAAUUAAAUAAGUUUAUGAAGCUAAAAGAAAAGAAUUAAUUAAAGAGAAGGAGGAAGAUAAUAAGGAUUAAAUUAAAAAAGAUUUAGAUAUUUUAAGAGCUUUAAGAAAGGAAAAUACUUUAUUGAAUGAUGAAGUAAAAACCUAGGAAAUGAAGAUAAAGGAAUUGGAUAAAUUGAUUGAAUAAGAGAGUAGGAAGGAGAAUGUAAUUUAAAUAAAUGGAGAGUAUUAAAGUUUAAGAAAGAUAAGACUAAAAUAAGGUUUAGAUGAUUUAAAAACAGAAUUAGUGAGUGGAGCAUAAUCUUAAAUUUUAGGAUAAGGGAAUAUAUCAGAUCCUGAUAUAGCAUUAACAGUAGCAAAUUAGAUUGCCAAGAAUGAUUUAAAAUUGAAUGAUGCUUAUGCUCUUUUAGAUGAAGAUAAAGAUGGUGUUUUAACUAUCAAAGAAAUUUAGAAUAACAUUUGCAGAUUAAAGUAUAAUUAAUUUUAAUAUUUAGUUUAAAUAUUAAAGAAUAAGAAAUAUAAGAAUUCAUAAAAAUGUUGGAUAAUAAUAGUGAUGGUGUUUUGACUGAAUAGGAAUUCAUCACAUUCCUUACUCCAGGUUUAGAGAAUCAAAAAUAAUACAUUUAGAUUAUGGGUGAUAUUAAAGAUAUCUUAAAUCCUAUUAUAUUAGAGGAGAGAAGGUUGCAUUUAAAAUAUUUACAGAAGUAUUUAUAAAAGGAAAUUGAAGAUGAAAAUAAGAAGGAAAGAGAAUAGAAACCAAAAUAUGAUAGAUUAAUUAAGAAACUAAAAAAAACAGAGAAGUUAGUUGAAUCUUUGAAAGGAACAACAUCUGAUAAAGGGAAAGUUAAAUAAUAAUGUGAUUUAUUAAGAUAAGAAUUAAGAUCAAUUUAAGAUAAAAGAAAUAAAGUUAUUGCAGAAUUGGAUGAUAAGAAAUUGAUGAUUAAAGAGAACAUAGAUCAAUUAAUGAAAGAUCUUGGAGAUAGAUGUUAAGAAGUAUUAUAAAUGAAAGAGAAAUUAAAUUAAGUGCAAACUUAAAGUCAAAGAUUACAAUUAAAAUUGUUAUCUAUAGAAUAAAUGAAAAAUAAAUAUAAAAAGGAGUUGAAAGUUAAAAAUGAAAUUGAAAUUUAAGGAGGAUAAAAAUAGAAUGUUCUUUAAUAAUUAAGAUUGAAAGAAGAAAAGAUAUAAUAAUAGGAAGAUGUCAAAAAUUUAUAGUAUAUGCAUUAUGUAAUAAUUGUUUAAAAAUGCACAAGAGGAUUUUUAAUGAAAAAAAGAUUAACUAAAAAAUUAUUAGGUUUAAAAGGUUGUGCAAAAGCUUUAGUAACAUUUAUAGAAAAAAAACAUAGGCAUCAAAAAAUGUAAGGGAUUAAUUUGUUAGAGGAGUUUGUAAAAUAACAAAAGAAAAUAGAGAUAGCAAGAAAAGAAUAAGAAUUAUUAAAAUAAUAAGAAUAAUAAAAGAAAAAAUUAAAAGAUAAAAAAGCUAAUAAAGUAGAAAGAUUUAUUGCUUAAUAAUUUGUUAGUACUAAAGUUGAAGAUAAAUUAAACAAUAUAGAUUAAACAUUAUCAAUAAUUCCAAAAAUUAUUUUAAUAUAAAAGAUUUUUAGAAAAAAUAAAAGAGGAAUCCCUUUGACAAAUUAAGCAAUAAAUGUUAGUUUUGGUAUAGGUUAUAGUGAGAAUUGUUAAAUUUGCAAAACAGAUUUAGCAGAAGUUAUAUGUAAGUAAUGUGAAAAACCAAUCUAAUGUGAUAGUUGCUUUAGAUUGAGUCACAAGAAUUACAAAAGAAGAAAUCAUGAGUUUUAUUUACUCAUAAAAAAUAAAUUUAGAGAUGCUAAUGGUAUAACUUUAUAUAAUAAAUAGAAUAAUUGGAAAAUAGAAAUAUUGAAAAAUAAAAUGAAAUGGAUGAAGUAUUAUCAAACUAAUGA